UUAAUUGUUUAUUGAGCUUCUCCGAGAUUCAGAAAGAGAAACUAAUAAGAGUGAGUUCCUAUCAAACCCACUCACACUGACGCGCACACACUCACACACACUCAUUUCAUUCUUCUUUCUGUUUAGUAAUCACCAACCCAACCUAACCACCAGUUUCCUCGUUCGGAAAACUCGCAUUUCAAAUUUGAACAGAGCUAAGGCUCGCAUACUUCGUUCUCCGCACAGAUCUGGUGGUGGAUCAGCGUCACAUCGCUCUCUCCACUCGAAUGCUGCUUCAAUUGCUCUGAACUCUGCUCUGAUCUUCGUUCCUCUUGAAAAUGGUGAUAUUCAGUGUUGUAACUCCCGGUCAGGUCUCGUUCUUGCUUGGAAUAAUUCCGGUCCUUAUCGCAUGGAUUUAUUCGGAGUUUUUGGAGUAUCGCAAAACUUCUGCUCCGUCCAAAGCUAGGCACUCGGACGUCAAAUUAGUUGAAAUGACCGGUGAUGCUGUUAAAGAAGAAGACAGAGCAGCUUUAUUAGAGGGAGGAGCGCUACAGCCAGCAUCCCCAAGGGCUCGAAAUUUAACUACCUCAUCAUCAAUAUUUCGAUUCCUUUUGAUGGACCAGCAUUUCCUGAUUGAAAACCGUUUGACACUUAGAGCAAUGUCUGAAUUUGGUCUCCUUAUGGCUUACUUCUAUUUGUGCGACCGUACAGAUUUCUUUGGCUCAUCUAGAAAGAGUUACAAUAGGGAUCUCUUCUUAUUCCUCUAUUUUCUCCUCAUCAUAGUUUCGGCAAUUACAUCAUUUAAGAUACAUCAUGACAAGUCAGCAGUGACUGGGAAAUCCAUCCUUUAUUUGAAUAGGCACCAAACUGAAGAAUGGAAAGGCUGGAUGCAGGUAUUGUUUUUGAUGUACCAUUAUUUUGCUGCUUCUGAAAUAUAUAAUGCGAUCCGUAUCUUCAUUGCUGCAUAUGUUUGGAUGACUGGAUUUGGGAACUUCUCCUAUUAUUAUGUUCGAAAAGAUUUUAGUCUAGCAAGGUUUGCACAGGUGUGCUUUUUCCUAAAAGUAGAAGCUUACACUUUUUUCCCUAAAUUUUACAUAUACAUAUAUGUAAUAUCUCUUCUUUACCUUGUUGAGCAGAUGAUGUGGCGGCUCAAUUUCUUGGUUUUAUUCUGUUGUGUCGUCCUUAACAACAGUUACAUGUUAUAUUACAUCUGCCCCAUGCACACCCUUUUUACUCUUAUGGUUUAUGGGGCACUUGGUAUUUUCAACAAGUACAAUGAGAUUGGGUCAAUCAUUGCUGUAAAAAUCAUUGCCUGCUUUCUUGUUGUUAUCUUAGUAUGGGAGAUACCUGGAGUCUUUGACUGGGUUUGGAGUCCUUUCACUUUCUUGUUCGGUUACACUGACCCUGAUCCUUCUAAAUCACAUCUUCCCCGCUUGCAUGAAUGGCAUUUUCGUUCAGGGCUUGAUCGCUACAUAUGGAUAAUUGGAAUGAUUUAUGCAUACUUUCACCCAACUGUUGAACGAUGGAUGGAGAAAUUGGAAGAAGCAGAAAUCAAGCGCAGAAUAUCAAUUAAAGCUGCUGUUGGAAUAACAGCUUCUCUGGUGGGCUAUUUCUGGUUUGAAUAUAUAUACAAGCUGGAUAAGAUUACAUACAACAAAUACCAUCCUUAUACCUCAUGGAUUCCCAUAACGGUUUACAUAUGCUUGCGAAAUGUUACUCAAAGUUUCCGUGGCUACACACUUACCCUGUUUGCAUGGCUUGGAAAGAUUACGCUGGAGACCUACAUUGCCCAGUUCCAUAUUUGGCUUAGGUCCGCUGUUCCAGAUGCCCAACCCAAGCUGUUGCUUUCGCUGAUCCCAGACUACCCAAUGCUGAAUUUCAUGCUUGCUUCGGCCAUAUAUGUUGCGAUUUCUUAUAGGCUGUUUGAGUUGACAAAUUCGCUGAAAAUAGCAUUUGUGCCCAGCAAAGACGACAAACGUCUUUUAUACAAUUUAAUUACAGCAACAACAAUUGCAGUUAUUUUAUAUUCCUUGUCUUUUGCGUUCCUUACAAUACCUCAAAUGUUGGUUUGAUAGUUAAAAGCAUGUAUAGCAUAUAUUAUUUGAUGCAAGCUUCUAUGGCAUUCAUGCAACAAGGAUGUUUGGCUUGUCAAAAGGAAAAAUGAAGCGUUCUGAUAAGGCAGCUAUAGGGGAACUGGAAGUUGUAUAGUUGAGAGCUCAGCAGAUGGCAUGCCUAUUUUUAGUAAUCCAAUCUCAUUCUUUUCCAAGUGUUGUAAAAUAAUAAUGCUUGUAAUACUAUCUAGUAUUUAGCAUGUAAAAGUAGUUUGUGCGUUUUUCAAAA